UCUUCACCCUCAGGUGAGAAAGCAGGGAUGCGGAGAUCUCCCUCACACAUUUGUUUGUGUUUCCAGUGUUUAACUUUACAGUAAACAAAUGAAAACUUGGUUCAGAUGAUGUUAACAUCAGCUCAGGGAAUGCUAGCAUCUUCACUGCAAAGUUAACCGACUUUCUCUGGAGCUGCAGAGAAGUUGUUUUGUUUUCAAUCGUUUCUUCUGCGGCAGAGCAAGAUUGCGCGUAAAUCUGAGCGCGCGGCGCGCCCGGUGCUGUCGAGACUGCGCGUCCGAGCGCGGGUGAUCGCCACCGGCGUGCUGGGGGUCAUCAUGGUGCUGGUGCUGGUGAUCCUCAUCCCGGUGCUGGUGAGCGCUGCAGGAUCCGACGCGCGCUACGAGAUGCUGGGCGCCUGCCGCAUGGUAUGCGAUCCGCACGGGACCACCAAGUCUCCAUCGUCGGCACCGACGGACAACCGCUUAGUUCAGUCGCCACCGACUUUCAUCCGCGGUCCAAAAGGAGAGACGGGGCGCUCGGGAAGGAUCGGACCGAGAGGUCAGCCGGGUCCACCUGGUCCUCCCGGUCCCCCUGGAGUCAUCGGAGAGCCGGGUCCGCCUGGAUUACCCGGUCCGCCCGGAGUCACCGGGGUGAUCAGCGCAGCGACUUACAGCACCGUCCCCAAAAUCGCCUUCUACGCUGGACUCAAGAAGCAGCACGAAGGCUACGAGGUGCUGAAGUUUGACGAUGUGGUCACUAAUUUGGGCAACCACUAUGACCCCUCGAGCGGUAAAUUCACCUGCUCCAUCCCGGGGAUCUACUUUUUCGUGUAUCACGUAUUAAUGAGAGGCGGUGACGGGACCAGCAUGUGGGCUGAUCUCUGCAAGAAUAACCAGGUGCGCGCGAGUGCAAUAGCGCAGGACGCGGAUCAGAACUAUGACUACGCCAGCAACAGUGUGAUCUUACAUCUGGAGCCCGGAGACGAGAUCUACAUCAAACUUGACGGAGGAAAAGCGCACGGCGGAAACAACAACAAAUACAGCACGUUUUCGGGCUUCAUGGUUUACGCCGAUUAACGCCACAGACUCGCUUUCUGACGUCACGACGCAAUGACGCCGCGAAACAGAGGUGGAUCAAAACUGGUCUCAAAGCACAUCCUUCACACACGAAUUAGUUUUUAGAAAAAUCACUGUGACCUCAAAUAAACGUCAUUACAGUGUAAACGCUGGUGAUUGUAGUAUAUUUGUUGAAAAUAAUAGUCAUUUGACAUCUUUCCAUUCCAUAUGUGCCUGACAUACGAUGACACGAUGAUCUGAAGAGGCUGUUAAGAGCACGCGCCAUUAGCCCACAUGCUAAUCAUCAAUAUGAAGAAUAAUUUCUCACGCCACAAAUCUGUACCAUUUUAUAUCAGUGUUUUCAUUUGAAAUGUUACCGCUGUCUGGUUUGUGC